AUGACGAGUGUUGUAACAUCAUUUUUCCAAGCAAUGGGGUUUUCAUCAAGAACGAGUAUAUGCGAACUUGAUAAUCCUGCCGUUGCUCAAUAUUAUGGAACAAACCGAAAACUUAUGCACGACAGGUGCUAUUUUUGCUCCUGCUGGCCAUGCAUGAGCGAUGUUCUGUUUCUCCUCGAUCAAUCAGCUCUCGUUGAUCCAGUUGCUUGUGGAUCUCCCUUGACUGAAUUCGGCUUUCCAACAGACAACAAUAAAAAAUGGUACGAAGGAUCAAAAGCGCAGAUCGACUUUGCUCUGGCAACGAUUCGUCAGAUGGAUCCAGCUCGAAUCAAGUCUCAAUCUGUUAAAAUUGCCUUUGCGUUUUACGGCGAUGAUUCUUCGUACAAAACUGUUGUCGAUUUCGACGACUGGGGAAUAAACAUCGACGAUCUGCAGUGCAAGCUGUACGGACAUGAAGCCUACCCAUGUGGCGAUAACAUGGAUGAAAUCGAAUUUCUACGAAAGCCUCUGUGUGGAACUGGAGGGUUAAAAGAAGCAAUCAUUCAGUCUGCUAGCUAUGAGCACCAAAGUUGGAGAAAAUGGGAUCCUUAUCAUCCAGAUGUCAAAAUCCGAACCCCGAUUGCGAAAAUCCUCGCUCUCACCGCCGGAGACGUCUUUGUAGGAAAAUCGUUUGAGAAUGAAGCGGAACUGCUCAAUUUCAUGCGCCCGAUUCAUGACCCGAUUAAUGACGGCUUCGACUUUGUGUUUCCAGUUGGAAUGGCGACGGGCGAACGGUUCGGGGAGAUUGAGUUUGAGCGGACGAAGGAGGAGGAUAAUCAGUUUUGGCGGGGGAUGAAUAUUAUUGGAUGUCUGAAUCCAGAAGCUUGUGAUUAUACUCUGAUGGCUUCUCCGUCUGGUGAAAAUGAAAACGGCGUGGAUCCAUUUCAAUUCUUGACAAAACUAAUGGACGAUGCAUUUUGGGACAAAUACUUCUGCUAUUACCGCCACUGGAAUUUCUUCUGCGAUAUUCAACCCUUCGAACGAACCCAAUUUGACAUCGCGCGAUCUGUUAGAAAUAAGCGAUCAACUAAAAGGAAUGGAUACAAGCCAAAUAGCUGUUGCGGUCACAUACCGUACAAUGAUCAACAUGAAAGCUGCUGUUCUCCGGGUCAUGUUCAGCUUUUGGGAGAAUGCUCGAAUACAGUUAGAUCUGGCGACGAUGCUUUGUAA